UCAUUAGGUAAAUAAGCAAACGGUGGCUCAUCAUCAAUCAGAUGAAUUUUAGAAUGUUAUAGCGAAGUUUACGAGCUGAUAAGGUGCAUAGAUUUCUUCUGAACGGACGCAUGCGAACAUAUUGCUGCUAAACAUGACCGCAGAUUUGGAUUUAGUCAAACAGCAUAUUGGUGAAUAUCCUGAUUUUCCUAAAAAAGGAAUCCUAUUCAAGGACAUUUUCACCGCUCUGCGGAAUGGCCCGGUUUGCCAAGCCUUGAAACGGCUGCUUUUGGCCUACGUCCGUCAGAAUUGUCCCGAUAUCGAGGUCGUAGUCGGUCUCGAUGCGCGCGGUUUCUUGUUCAGUUUGCUUCUUGCAGCCGAGCUAGGAAUUUCCUGUGUCCCGAUUCGGAAGAAGGGAAAAUUGCCGGGUGACUGCGUGCAGUACGAAUAUCAGCUGGAAUACGGAACGGACGUAUUUGAAAUCCAAAAGGGCAGUAUCGUUCCUGGCCAGAAAGUGCUGAUCAUUGACGAUUUGCUGGCAACGGGAGGAACGAUGGACGCUGCGAACAAGCUGGUUGAACGAGUUGGAGGGGUCGUUAAGGAGAACGUUGUUAUUAUAGAGUUAACCGCCAUAGGCGGUCGAUCGAGGCUGGAAGCGUCCGGAUGCACAGUACAUUCCUUUAUACAGUAUGACGAUAUUGAGUGAGCUCAAGAGGUUUUCCUAAUCUAUUCCAUUAAUUGUUGAAUAGCAAUACUAGCAAUCAAACUAGGUUAUACUAUGUUAGGCUUCUGGUAAUUAAUUGAAUAAACAAAGUACGAAAAAAUCUGAAUAUAAUACUAGGCAUAAAUGUUUCUUGAUCUUAAUUUGAUGUUAAGACAACGGGCAGUUUGUGAACUGAAAUAUGUAUUUGUCACAAAAGAAGCAAUUAACGUUAGAAAGUCACUAUUUUCAUCUCCAAUAAAUAGGCACU